CCAUCACUUUUACCUUCUUUAAUAUUAAAAAAUAAAGCAGUAUCUUGAUUGUAACAGAUGUUGAGUGCAGUGGUACUAUAUUGAAAUAAUCGAUUGAUAUAAAAAUCGAACAGAAAAAAAUCAAUUUAGAAAAUCGAAUUAUGGUGGAAAAGACCGAUAUUUUGAAAAUCAAAUUUGCAGCCACCCAUCACUACAUAGCACAGUUGCAUUUUUCAGAUAAUAACAGGUACAUCACGUUAUUCUUGUUGAACCAACGUAUCGCGAUGAAGUAUAUGAAGAUCACGACGAUUUUAAUAUUGGGAGCCUUCGAAUACAUGCUUGGUUCGAGCGUUGAAAUUCGAAGAAAACCUGAUAAGAUUAUGAAGGAUAGCUCCGGUAAUAACUUUUUUCCGGAGGACUUCCUAUUCGGCGUUUCGACUUCUGCGCCACAGUACGAGGGUGCAUGGAAUGUAAAUGGCAGAACACCGUCUAUAUGGGAUGAUAUGAUUCAUAAGAAUCCAAAAUUAGUAGAGGACGGAAGUAAUUUGGACGUGGCGAACGAUUUUUACCAUAAGUAUAAGGAUGAUAUAUGUCUGGCGAGAAGCAUUGGUACUCAAAUGUUCAGGCUCUCCUUAUCGUGGACGAGACUUUUAUCUGGAGGCUUCACAAAUCACGUGAACAGCAAUGGUGUGCAAUUCUACAAGAAUGUAAUCGAUAAGAUAUUAGCGAACGGAAUGAUACCUAUGGUUACGUUAUUCCAUUGGGACCUGCCGAUUGAUAUGCAGAAAUUAGGUGGCUUAACGAAUCCAUUGUUUGUCGACUGGUUCGAGCAAUAUGCCAGAUUUGUGUUCUCCACUUUCGGUGACAAGGUGAAAUUCUGGAUGACCAUACACGAACCGAACAAUCUCUGCUACGACGGUUACAGCAACGAAUCUAUACUAUUCAUAAACUUAUCAGGAAUUGCGGGUUACUUGUGUAUACAUCACGCCAUACUUGCUCAUGCGAGGGUAUAUCGCCUCUACGAACGUGAAUUUCGUACCAGUCAAAACGGUAAAGUGGGUUAUACAAUCAGUUGCAACUAUCCCCUCCCGAAUUCUCCAUCGCAUGAAGAUGUGACUGCAGCAGAAAGGGAUUAUCAGUGGUUCGUCAAGGGGUUACUCAAUCCGAUUUUCGACAGCACUGGUGACUACCCGAGCAUUAUGAAGGAACGGAUUGCCAACUAUAGUCGCGCUCAAGGAUUUUCCAUAUCGCGUCUGCCAAGUUUUACGAAGAAGCAGAUCGAUGAUGUGCGUGGUUCGGCGGAUUUCCUCGGGAUAAAUUAUUACAUGAACGACAUAUUGAAAGCAUCAAGCGCCAAUGAAAUUACCAACGUGUCUUACACUAACGACGUGGGAGUGGAUAUGGUGGAACCAUUACAGCCUAAGAAUACGCCGUGGGUGUUUGCCAAAGUGCUACGGCUCGUGAACGAGGAUUAUCAUCCUAUAAUUUACAUAACCGGGAACGGCUUUCCCGAAUCCGGUUUGGAAGACAAGAAUAAGGUUGCGUACUUAAGAGGGCACCUCGCCGAAGUGUUAAAAGCUAUACGAAAUGGCGUGGAUAUUCGAGGUUACUUAUUGUGGUCUUUGCUGGAUAAUUUCGAGUGGCUGCAUGGUUAUCAAUGGAAAUAUGGACUCUUCUACGUUGACUUCAACAAUUCGAAUCUUAUUAGAGUUCCAAGAUUGUCUGCUAGAUAUAUCGCUCAUGUUUACAAGACGCGACGUCUAGAUGAUGCUUUGGAUGUUUUAGAUAUAAGCAAUUAAAAUAAAAGAAAAAAUUGAUAUGUAACAAUCUAUGAUUUCCACAUAAACAUGUGUGUUAAAUAAU